CGGUGAGUUGGCCCAGCUGGAUUGAGAGGCCGGUUUCCUGGGAGAUGGCUGAGUGCAGAGUGGAGGCGCCGGGUCCUAUCCUUAUCCCUGUCCUGGACUCAGGGGUCGGCGGAGGCGGCAGCAGCAGUAGCAGUAGCGGCAGGGAGGCCACCAACAAUAACCCACUGGCCAGGAAGCUGAAUAAAAUAUUGGAGACCCGGCUGGACAGUGACAAGGAUAUGUUGGAGGCUCUUAAAGCCUUAUCUGUGUUCUUCACCGAGAAUAGUUUACGCACCAGGAGAAAUCUACGAGGAGACAUAGAACGGCGUAGCCUGUCCAUUAAUGAAGAAUUUGUACGUGUGUUCAAAGAAGUCAAAGAGGUACAUGUCAAACAUCUCUUACAAUAAAAAGGAUUAUGUUAUGUGAAGUGAUGAUGGCAAUUGGAUUAUAAAUUAAGUAUUUUUUUAAAAUCAAAAAUAAAGUUGCA